UGACGACCAAAUUCAUAAUUAUUGAGUACGAGUGCAGUAUGUCAAAGAUGUAAUCAACUGUAUUUAUUAAAAACUGACAGGUCCUGCAGAACAGAUGUUGCCUAGUACACAGGUGUUUCUUUUAAAGCAAUCGUGUUUUAAAGCGGUUAAUUGAGCCAACAUUGGUUGACAGAGAAAUUAGAGACCUGGGGACAGUCUUGGUGUUAACUUGUAAAUGUUUGUGAAACAACUGGAAGGUGACAAGUUACCGUUUGGUGUCUCUACUCAACACUUGGAGGUGUACAUCAGACGAUAUUCAGUCUAACAGUUGUACCGGGAAGUCAGUCAACAAUGGGUACAGGCUGGCCGGAGUUCUGUAGAGAUCCUUUAUGGAAUUCCAGUGUUUACGUUUUUAACGGAUGGCCACUUCUGACAGACUGCUUCCUCAACACGGUGCUGGUGUGGGUGCCAUGUGCUUUCUUGUGGUGCCCUCUGCCCUUCUACCUGGUGGUGCUCGCCAGGAAAGGAAAAGUCACUCCACUUCAUGUCACCUGGUUGAACUCGGCCAAGACGUUUUUCAGCUUGAUACUGAGCAUGGUGGCGCUGCUGUCGUUGAUACAAGACUUCAAACUGGUGACGGACAGCGGCAAUGACGUGCUUCCGGUGGUUGUCUACCUGGCCAGCGCCAUGCGGCUGGUGUCGUAUUUGUGUGCAGCCUUCCUUACACAACAUGAACGUCGACGCCACGUCAUCACUUCCGGUUUACAGUUUGUCUUCUGGAGCUCGUUGGUAUUGUGCGACGUCGUGCCUCUAUACACAGCCAUCAUUAAAGAGGAUUAUAACAGCGACAUCCUGGAAUUCGUUUUGUUUUGUGUGACCUUUGCCAUAGAGUGCAUCCAGGUCAUCCUCUUUUGCUUUUCCGAAGCCUUUCAGGAGUCACAGAAUGGAUACUAUCAACAGCAAAAGCGUCCAUGCCCAGAGGUCACUGCGUCCUUUCCCAGCCAGAUGACGUUCACGUGGAUGACAAAGUUUAUGUACCUCGGGUGGCGGAAAAAUAUCGAGGAGGAUGAACUUUUCGAACUCAACCCUCGAGACAGCAGUGAUGUCCUUGUUCCUCCCUUUGAACGAGAGUGGGAGCUAGAGAAAGAAAGAUUUAAAAAGAAACAAACCAGCAAACAAAGGUCAGGGGAUCACACUAACGUUGACCCCGCUGUGAUGACGUCACUUCCACAUCUUCAAAUGGACCCCAUGCAAAUGGACGUCCAGUCGGAAACCAGGUCCCUUGUCCCCAGGUGCACACAAGGUGGAGGCGGUUCCGCGACUAUGUACGGUGCCCUUCACCGGCCAGGGGACGACGAUGUUAACCCAGAAAUGCCGUCGCUGCUCCGAGUCUUGAUGAAGAUCAUGGGACCUCGGCUGAUCCUCGGGCUGUUUAUUACAGUGGUUUCUGACGGGUUCAUAAUCUUAGGCCCUGUGAUCUUGGGGCUCCUGAUCGAGCAGGUAAGCAAACCCGACGCCAACGACAAGCAGGUGUGGUCUGGCUACGUGCUGGCGGUGCUAAUGUUCCUUGUGUUCAUGGCCAAGUCACUGCUCCUCAGCUUGGGUUUCUGGUGUUCCCAACUGGUCGGCUUGCAGCUCAAGACCCUCCUAGUUUCCAGUAUUUACAAAAAGUUGCUGUCGAUGAACAACUCUGCACGGCGACUGACCACUGGCGGGGAGAUAACCAACCUCAUGUCCGUCGACUGUCAACGCAUUCAGGACGCCAUGUUCAAUUUCGUUAUUUGGACCAUUCCUCUACAGGCCAUCAUGGUUGUCAGUGUUCUUUAUGUCUACAUCGGCCCCUCAGUCUUCGCCGGCGUCAUCACUCUUAUCAUUAUCGUCCUCAUCAACUCCUUCAUCGCCAGUCGUGAGCACAAGCUCAACAUCAGCAACCUCAAGUUCAAGGACAGCAGACUGAGGCUGAUGAAUGAUCUAUUGAGUGGAAUAAGGGUGGUAAAGAUGUACGCAUGGGAACCUUCUUUCGAGAAGAGGAUCACAGACUUGAGGAGCGAGGAGACAAAGGUGCUGCUCAGAAUGGCCUACCUGAACAUGUUUAUGGGUGUUUGCUGCUACUUCGCACCUUUCCUGGUAACCCUGGCCACGUUUGCAACAUUUGUAGAGGUCUCCCCUGAGAACCAUCUGGACGCUCGGCGAGCCUUCGUGACCUUGUCCUUCUUGAGCAUGAUGAGAUCACAUCUCGACCUGCUAGCCUCACUCAUACCCAUGACGGUUCAAGCUUUUGUGUCAGUGCAAAGGAUCAACAGGUUUCUGUGCCGUGAAGACCUUGACACUAACACUGUUACCUAUGCUGCUGAUGCAGUGAACGCCAUUACAAUUCGAAACGGAACGUUCACCUGGGACAGAAAUUAUGAACCUGUCUUGAAAAACAUCGACCUCAACAUUGGCGUUGGCAGGCUUGUGGCAGUGGUGGGUCACGUGGGAAGCGGGAAAUCGUCAUUGAUCUCGGCAUUCCUCGGUGAAACCGAGAAAUUAUCAGGAGAAGUAAUUUUAAAGAGUUCUGUGGCCUACGUCCCUCAGCAAGCGUGGAUACAAAACACAACGCUACGUGAUAACAUUCUGUUCGGGAAACUCUUCAACGAAAAAAGAUAUCAACAGGUCCUGCGGGCAUGCGCACUUGAGCCCGACCUGGAAAUACUGUCUGCUGGAGACAUGACUGAGAUUGGAGAAAGGGGCAUCAACCUCAGUGGGGGUCAGAAGCAGAGAGUGAGUCUGGCCCGCGCCGUGUACAGUGACAGCGACAUCUACCUACUGGACGACCCGCUCAGCGCCGUGGACUCGCACGUGGGCAAACACAUCUUCACCGAGGUCAUCGGCCCCAACGGCUUGCUCCGGCAAAAGACACGGGUGCUGGUGACACACGGCAUCCACUGGCUGCCGAUGGUUGACGAGAUCAUCGUGCUGUCCGACAACGGCAUCUCGGAGAAAGGCAGCUACGACACUCUCAUGUCCCACAACGGACCCUUCGCUCGCUUCCUCAAGCUUCACCUGCAACAGAGGGACGAGUCGGAGGAAGAGGAAGACCCUGAGAUCUCAACGGUCAUCAACAAGAUCCGAGAGGACGUGGAGACGGCGACUUCCGAGAGCGCAACUUCUGGUGAAGAGCUGACACAUUUCUACAACGCUAGUUACAGAAAGUCCAGAAGAACGAGAUCAAAAUCAUCGUCGAUGGCGGAAUCAAGGAAAACUAAGAGUGACCCUCGCCCCCUGGAGGAAGAUAAGUCACAGGAGGACAAUGGUAGGCUUGUGCAGGAGGAGACAAUAGAGAAAGGAAAGGUGAAGUGGAGCGUGUUUCUCACCUACAUACGAGCAGCAGGUGUCGUACCCUUCACGGCAUCCAUUCUGUUCUUCCUCCUCUUUCAAGCCGUCAACGCCUCAAGUAACUUCUGGCUCAGCCGUUGGACCGACGACAACUUCCUCGCCACAUCCCACGGAAACGCCACCUUGCGGCACGACUACAAAGCCAAGAACGACUACUACUUGACGGUGUUUGUAAUGUUUGGCAUCGCACAAAUCAUUACCCUGGUCGUGAGCAACUUAUUACUCUGGGUUAGAACCGUUGUUGCCUCCAAAAACCUUCACAAAAGACUUCUUGCUAGUGUACUGCGGUCAACAAUGCUGUUCUUUGACACGACACCAGUUGGACGAAUAAUCAACAGAUUUUCGCUUGACAUAGAGACCAUCGACAACACCAUUCCAAACUACAUUCACAACUCCCUCACCCUCGGGAUGAAUGCUCUUGCCACCAUCGUCGUCAUCUCCAUAAAUACACCGCUCUUUAUUCUUCUAGCUGUUCCUAUUAUCAUCCUCUUCUAUUUUAUGCAGAGCUUCUACAUCCCGACGUCCCGGCAGCUGAAGAGGAUGGAGUCGGUCACUCACAGCCCCAUCUACGUCCACUUCAGCGAGACCAUCAGCGGCGGCGCCACCAUCCGCGCCUACCGAGCAGUCGACCGCUUCAUCGAGGAGAUAAAACGACGGGUGGACAGAAACCAGUGCUUUUGCUACGCUGGUCUAGCAGCAUACAAAUGGAUGGUAACAAAUUUGGAAACGGUCGCAAAUCUUAUCAUCUUCGGUGCUGCCCUCUAUUCUGUAGCCACACCUGGGAUUGGAGGAGGAACUGUGGGCUUCUCUGUGUCUUGCGCAUUGCAGCUCUCGGGCUCUAUGUGCUGGAUGAUCCGAAAAAUUAGCGACCUUGAAACGAACAUGGUGUCAGUGGAGAGGGUGAAGGAAUACUCACAACUGAAGUCAGAGGCUCCAUGGAUUAACCCUUUCCGACGUCCAGCUCCUUCUUGGCCCGAGAGGGGUCACCUUGUGUUCAGUGACUACAGCACGCGCUAUCGUCCUGGCCUUGACCUCGUGUUGCGAGGCAUAACCUUUAUUAUCCAGGCUGGUCAGAAGGUUGGUAUCGUUGGAAGGACAGGGGCAGGUAAAUCCUCUCUAACGCUCUCUCUUUUCCGCUUGAUCGAGGCCUCUAACGGCUGCAUCAUGAUCGACGGCAUCAACAUCGCCGACAUCGGGCUCCACGACCUGCGCUCUCGCAUCACCAUCCUGCCACAGGAUCCCGUGCUCUUCUCUGGCACGCUACGGAUGAAUCUUGACCCGCUGGAGGAAUAUUCAGAUGGUCAAAUAUGGAAGGCAUUGGAGAAGGCUCAUCUAAAACGUUUUGCGGAAGAUUUGCAAGAAAAACUGAGCCACCAGGUCGGUGAAAAGGGAGAGAGGCUAAGCGUGGGUCAGCGGCAGUUGGUGUGCCUGGCCAGGUCGCUACUUCGCCGGACCAAAAUCCUGGUCCUGGAUGAGGCCACGGCCGCCGUUGACAUGGAGACGGACUCCCUCAUCCAGAACACCAUCCGUGAGGCCUUCAGCUCCUGCACCAUCAUCACCAUCGCACACCGCCUUAACACCAUCAUGGACUACGACAGGAUCCUCGUGCUGGAUGAAGGCUUGGUGAAGGAGUACGACUCGCCCCACGUGCUUCUUGCGGACAGGAUGAGCAUUUUCUACGGCAUGGCCAAGGACGCUGGCCUUGUGUAACUUGGGCAAAGACAUUAAGGGUGUUGACCAUGUUUGAAAUGAUCAUCAAUGACGACGUCCUUGGUGCGAUUUUAUUUUACACUGAAUUCGGUAAUUUACUUCAUCUACGCAUGCGCAAACAACCAAACGCGGUUGCCAAUCUCAGUCCUUUUAUCCUGAAUCAUUCUGUUCAAACUACAAGCCUACAUCGGAACCUAAACUCUAAUUCUAACCCAAAUGAGCUAGCACUUUCAAAACACAUGUGCACGAGCAUACACACAUAUAUAGAUGUUAUAUGUGUAGGUGUUGCUGUAUCUAAUUGGGGAAGGGAGUGUUAUGUGUAGGUUUUCAUAUAGCAUAGAUGUUAUUUGUGUAGAUGUUGUUAUAUACAUAUGUGGUAUUAUAAUUAUGUGAUCGGGGUGUUGUUUGUGUAGAUGAUGUUAUGUGUGUGUAUUGUUUAUUUAUUUCCUGUCCUAUGUUCAUCUUUCCGCCAGGAGUUUCUUCGCGUGUGUGGUGUAUGUUUUUAAAUGUAAUUGAACAGGAAUUGAAUACUGUGUUUCUCGUGAUCUUUAUUUAUGAACUGACAU